UCGACCAGUGAUUCUACCGGUCGCGCCGCGGAGACUGCUGGGCCAAGGCCGGGAACGGCUUUCGGUUUGUUGACGUCGGUGUCCGCCGCUUGCAGUCUGUGAAGUUUCGGGAGUCGCCACAGCAGCCGUCAAAAUGUCGGUCCCCAGCGCACUUAUGAAGCAGCCGCCCAUUCAGUCGACGGCAGGGGCCGUCCCGGUUCGAAAUGAGAAAGGUGAGAUUUCGAUGGAGAAAGUGAAGGUGAAACGCUAUGUGUCUGGGAAGAGGCCAGACUACGCGCCUAUGGAGUCCUCUGAUGAGGAGGACGAAGAAUUCCAGUUUAUUAAAAAAGCCAAAGAACAAGAAGCAGAGCCUGAAGAACAGGAAGAAGAUUCAUCUAGCGACCCUCGACUGAGGCGACUGCAAAAUCGAAUCAGUGAAGAUGUAGAAGAGAGGUUGGCUCGACAUCGAAAAAUAGUGGAACCAGAAGUGGUAGGAGAAAGCGACUCAGAAGUAGAAGGAGAUGCCUGGCGCGUGGAACGGGAAGAUAGCAGUGAGGAAGAGGAGGAAGAAAUCGAUGAUGAGGAAAUAGAGCGACGCCGUGGCAUGAUGCGGCAGCGAGCACAGGAGCGAAAAAAUGAAGAGAUGGAAGUCAUGGAGGUGGAAGAUGAGGGGCGUUCUGGAGAAGAGUCAGAAUCAGAGUCUGAGUAUGAAGAGUACACAGACAGUGAAGAUGAAAUGGAACCCCGCCUUAAGCCUGUCUUCAUUCGAAAAAAGGACCGAGUAACUGUUCAGGAGCGGGAGGCUGAAGCAUUAAAACAGAAGGAGCUGGAGCAGGAGGCAAAGCGCAUGGCCGAAGAGAGGCGCAAGUACACACUCAAGAUUGUAGAAGAGGAGACCAAGAAAGAGCUGGAGGAGAACAAGCGAUCCCUUGCUGCACUGGAUGCCCUUAAUACCGAUGAUGAAAACGAUGAGGAAGAAUAUGAGGCAUGGAAAGUUCGAGAGCUAAAGAGAAUUAAAAGAGACAGAGAAGAUCGAGAAGCACUUGAGAAGGAAAAAGCAGAAAUCGAACGCAUGCGAAACCUUACUGAAGAAGAAAGGCGAGCUGAACUUCGGGCCAAUGGGAAAGUCAUCACCAACAAAGCCGUCAAGGGCAAAUACAAGUUCUUACAAAAAUAUUAUCACCGAGGUGCCUUCUUCAUGGAUGAAGAUGAAGAAGUUUAUAAGAGAGAUUUCAGUGCACCUACCCUGGAGGAUCAUUUCAACAAAACUAUUCUUCCCAAAGUCAUGCAGGUCAAGAACUUUGGACGCUCUGGGCGUACUAAAUAUACUCACCUUGUGGAUCAAGACACCACCUCCUUUGACUCAGCAUGGGGCCAAGAGAGUGCUCAAAACACAAAAUUCUUUAAACAAAAGGCAGCUGGGGUACGAGAUGUAUUUGAACGACCAUCUGCCAAGAAGCGGAAAACUACUUAAGAACUACAGCGAGUAUUCUAGCUGUGGAACACAAGGGGAAGUCUCAGCACGUGGUCUGUGAUACGCUUUUACUGUUAUUUUACAUGGGCCCUGCAUCCUGCCUGUUGGACCUACUGCCAGAAUUGUGACACUGGGAAACCCAGUCUUUGAAGGUGCUUUGUGAGGUUUGGACUCAUUCUGAGAAACCACAGAAAAGCACUGUCCAGGCAGGAUUAGAGGAUCCCCCACUUAAACCUAUUUCUAAGAAAUUGUAGGUUUUCAUCGCUGCGUUGACUUCCUAAGUUCACUUGGGACUGUUCCAAGUUUCUUUUUACCAGCCUUUUAGCUUGGGUUAAGAACUUGGACAUUUGAGUGACAGCACGUUACUUCUUCAGAGGAAAAUCAAAGCUCAUUCAAAACCUGUUUUCCACUUUUGGCUGAAGUCAUUUGUUUACAAGUGAACAUAACUGUUUGGUCCAUUUAUGUGUUUUUGUGUCUCAAGAAAUAAAAGUCACAUACAAGGAGCUUUUUAAACAUACUGGAAGUAAGCCAGGGAGAUGCUGACAUGGUACUUUUAAUAUUUAUAUGGCAGAGAAUUAGAAAUUCUAAAAGUUAAUAAAGAAGGACUAGUGGGAAGACA